GACAACAAUAAACCUUUUGUUUGUCAGUGACUGGGAGAUUGUUUUUAUAUUCUAUAUUUUAUAUAUAUUGGGAUGUGUAAACAUAUAUAGUUAAAAUUACAUUUAUCUUUUAAUAUUGGGGUGUGUAUACUGAAUCUGUGUAUCUAUGUGUCUAUCUGUGUGUUUGGUUGACUUGGGAAGCAGCAUCACCACCAAAGUGAACUGCAGAUAACCUCAUGACGUUGCAGACAUGGUAUGCAAGUCUAUAUAAAAUUGACGGUGGCCGCAUGUAUCUGGUGGUGGUCUGCGCCGCUUGAUAAGGCUUUGCAGACUAUCUGACUUCAGUCUAGAUGAAGGAUGAGCUUCUCAGGCACAGACGUUGUCCAUCCUGCUGAUGCUCCCUCGUCUCAUCGUAAACUCUUGUGCACCCUCUGGUGCUUGCUAGUCUCCCAAACUUCUUUGUGUAGCCUGCUUUGCAGAUUGUCUUCCUUGUCUGUGUGGUUGCUCAUUAUUCAGAGACAGACGGAUCUCAGGUCAUCUGCAGCUGCAGCAAAGGAGAAGCAGGAAAGAUGGCGAUCAUCCACUAGACCGACCGAGCGCACGCAUGAAAUACGGAGGACAACUUUUGGGAGGAUCGCUUGAGGAGAAGAUUGUACCAGUUUCCCUGAUUUUCCAGGGAGUUUUCCCCAGUUUUAAUAAUGGAGGUGUUGCAAUGUGACGGCUGUGACUUUCGUGCCGAGUCAUACGACGACUUGAAGACUCACAUACAGGAAGUGCACACUGUUUUCCUGCAGCCUGCAGAUGCAGAUGAGUCUGAUUCCCUGAAAGAUGAAGAUGAAGACGAGGAGGAAGAAGAGGACUAUGAUGAUAAAGAUGACAAGGAUUAUACGCCUCCUAAAUCUGGAAUGAGCCCCAACUCUACUGACAGUCCCAACCAAACAUCGCAAAAGCCAACAGCUGAAACUCAUCUGCAGUUUUAUCAGUGCAAGUUCUGUGUCCGUUACUUCAGAUCAAAGUCGUUCUUAAGAAACCACACCAAAAAGGUGCAUAAUGUCAUAGAGCCCGAUUCGGAUGCAAGUGUCUCCUCAAAGACUGCAAAGCAGCCCAGCUACACUGUCAUAAUGCACAGUGACCAUUCUAAAGUGUAUUCCUGUCAGUAUUGCACAUAUAAGUCCCCACGGAAAGCACGGAUAAUGAAACACCAACUAAUGUAUCACAACAAAGUUCCUUCGGAUAGUGCUGGAGAUCCCCCGGAGUGCAAUGAAAGCGGUGAGAAGUCGGACUCGGCUAGUGGGCUCAUGAAGGGAACGUUUGCCUGCGAGUGGUGUGACUAUCAAACCAACCAGAAGGACAGCUGGACCAAUCAUGUGGUGAAGGAGCACAGUGACAAGGUCAAGAUAGUUUCCUGCACUGCGGAGGUGGAAGAGCAGGCAAGUGCAAGCUCCCCCAAACCGGAUUCUCCCUCCUCUUCCCGCGCUAAUGUUAGCGGAAAGGAGGAGUCUGUAGCAAAAACACCAGAAAACACCUUGGAGAAGUCCAUCGCAGAGAUCUCAUCCUUUCAAUAUGCACAGAUAAGUGCAGUUACACCCAACAGCACAGGUUCUUCUAUCCUAUCCAAGAGGUUUGCAUCAUCCGAUGUUCCCAACAGUGCGAUAGAUAUGGACACCAACCUACUCAAUGAGGAAGACUCGAGGAGCAGCUUAGAGGACGAUGACGAAGAGCUGGGUGAUAUGGACGAUCCCAGCUACACUGGAACCCUGUCCGCAGAUGCAAAGCAGCUAUUAACAGAUGAGGAUAAUAAAUUAUUGGAAACUAAAGGAAUUCCCUUCAGAAAGUACAUGAACCGAUUUCAGUGCCCCUUCUGCUCCUUCCUCACCAUGCACAGGCGGAGCAUCUCCCGCCACAUUGAAAAUAUUCACCUCUCUGGCAAAGCCACAGUGUACAAAUGCGAUGAGUGCCCAUUUAUUUGCACCAGCCCUCUGAAACUAGGCACGCACAAACAGAGCCACAAUUUUUCAGAUUUAGAAACCUUGGACCUGACAGGUGACAGCCCAGAACCUCAGAAUGACAGCGCAGCAGAGCCAGUUAAUGAGGGUAACGUGAGUUCUAAAGUCAAUGGGAAAAAGACAACCAGCACACCAAACGACCAGCAGAACCCUCACCGCUGCACCCUCUGCAGCUUCUCCACCACCACUCUGAAAGGUCUGAGGGUCCACCAGCAGCAUAAGCAUUCCUACUGUGAUGACCUCGAUUCCACUGUCUUUGAAGCCCAGCUGUCUGACCAGCCAGACUCUGAAGUGGAUGCUUCUCCAAUCUUCCUACAAAAAACCCAGACCCCCAUUUUAGGGCUUGCCACCAAAAAGCCCUUAGUAACAGGGAAAAGAGCCAGGAAGUCCAUUAAUGACUUGCCUUUGGAUUUGUCCUCAGUCAAAAAGAGAACCAGAAUUGAUGAAAUUGCCAGUAACCUUCAAAGCAAGAUAAGCCAAAGCCAGCAGGACACCGUCAUUAAUCUGGAUGACAUGGAUGAUGAAGACGCGGGAGAAAAUCAUGCCAGCGCUGAUGAGGGGAGAAACAAUGAAAACAACAACCCUGUCUUUGCUUACAACACACAGCAGCUUUAUGCAAGAGACUCUGCCAGCUCUAAUGAGGGCAGCAGAAUAGGGAAAAGAAAAAGCAACCCUAGGUCCAAGCCUAGAAACAUCCCCAUAUCGCUGACUCUCUCGGACGAUAGUGAAAAUAUCUCCGCUGAUGCCAGUGACAGUGCUGUCCAAGAGAACAUGGAAUAUUCAGAGGAUCCUGGAAUUACACGCUUCUACUGCAAACACUGUGAUUACCACAAUAAGUCGGCUCGUAGCGUCAGCACCCAUUACCAGAGGAUGCACCCUUACAUCAAGUUCAGCUUUAAGUACAUCCUGGACCCCGAAGACCAGAGUGCAGUCUUCCGCUGCUUAGAGUGCUACAUCGAAUACACAAAUUACAACGAUCUGCACCAACACUACAUGGACCACCACCCUGAAGCAAGCAAUGUGCUCAACUUCAACCAGCCGCAUCUCUUAUACAUGUGCCGGUUUUGUUCGUACACAAGCCCUAACGUGAGGAGCCUAAUGCCCCAUUACCAAAGAAUGCACCCCACCGUGAAAAUCAACAACGCCAUGAUCUUUUCCAGCUAUAUUGUAGAGCAGUCCCACAAAAGCAGCGAAUCACAGACUCUGAGGGAAAUACUCAAUUCAGGACCGAAAAAUUUUAACUCUCCCACUUCGAUGCCCAGGUCCACCUCAAGCCCGGUGCAGAAAGCGGUUUCCAAAUCCCCUGAAGCUAGCGCUGACCCAGAACCUCUCAAAGAAGGCAGCAAUGUUGUCGUCUACGAUUGUGACGUGUGCUCCUUUGCAAGCCCCAAUAUGCACUCUGUUCUUGUCCACUACCAGAAAAAACACCCAGAGCAAAAGGCGUCUUAUUUCCGUAUACAGAAAACCAUGAAGGUCAUCUCAGUGGAUCAGUCACAGCCUGUAGCCAACUCUUCGUUUAACACCAGCAUGUCUUCGACUCCAAAACAAUCAAGUGCAGCAGUUUAUGGAUCAGAUGAAGAAAUGUACUACUGCAAGCACUGCGUGUACAGCAACAGAUCUGUUGUUGGUGUUUUGGUCCAUUAUCAGAAAAGACACCCGGAGGUGAAAGUGACAGCGAAAUACAUCAAACAUGGCGCUCCUACCCCUGGAUUGAUGAAGCUCAUGGAUGAGCUGCAGAUUGCAGCACCCAAGCAGUUCAUGAAGCAGUUUCAAAAUAACGGUCACGACGGAUCUAAUAACUCAAGCCCCAAACCAGGAAGUGGUGAGAAAGGCGAGGAUGAGCUGUUCUUUUGCCAGCACUGUGAUUAUGGCAACCGCACUGUAAAAGGCGUGCUUAUUCACUAUCAGAAAAAGCACAGGGAGACCAAGGCCAACGCUGACCUUGUGCGCCGCCACACUGCAGUCGUCCGGAGUCAACGUGAGCGAGCGCAGAUGGUUCAGUCCAGCGGCGCCUCGUCUGCUGCUCUCCCAGCUCCUCCAGACCCUGAAAACACUACUCCUCUGCGUUCCCUGAAGUGCAGGCACUGUUCCUACACGUCUCCCUACGUCUAUGCUCUGAAGAAGCACCUAAAGAAAGAGCACCCCGCUGUGAAAGCCACAGCCAUGACAAUUUUACACUGGGCGUAUCAAGAUGGUAUCUUGGAGGCUGGCUACCACUGUGAGUGGUGUAUUUACUCCCAUGCUGAACCCCAGGGUCUGUUGCUCCAUUACCAAAGACGCCACCCUGAGCAUAAUGUUGAUUACACAUACAUGGCCAGCAAGCUGUGGGCUGGGCCUGAAACAACCCAACAGGGGGGCAAUGCAGAGACGAAACAUUACAAGUGUAGGGACUGUGCCUUUGAGGCUUGCACAAUAUGGGACAUCACCAAUCACUAUCAGGCAGUCCACCCCUGGGCUAUCAAAGGGGAUGAAUCCGUGCUUUUGGAUAUAAUCAAAGGAAACGGCUCAACUGAAAAAGCCCAGCAGCAGGUUUCCAAAGAGCAGACGCCUCUGAAUUGCCAGACUGUUGAAGAUGACGGCCCGUUGGUUAUUGCCACCCCACCUCAAGAAAGCAAUCCCCAGCCUCACCACCCACGCCUUUCCAUCUCUAACAAUCCUUAUCAGUGUACUGUAUGUCUGUCAGAGUACAACAGUCUCCACGGCCUCCUCACCCACUAUGGAAAGAAGCACCCAGGCAUGAAAGUGAAAGCUGCAGAUUUUGCACAGGAGGCAGACCUCAACCCCAGUUCUGUGUAUAAAUGUCGCCACUGUCCGUAUGUGAACUCCCGGAUCCACGGAGUCCUCACCCACUAUCAGAAGAGACACCCGUUGGUCAAGGUCACAGCGGAAGACUUUGCAGACGACAUAGAGCAAAUCACAGAGUUGCACGAAGGGGACGACAAGUUCAAAACUCAAAGGCAGGGCUACGGCGCGUACAGAUGCAAAAUGUGCCCGUACACGCAUGGGACUCUGGAGAAACUCAAAAUCCAUUAUGAGAAAUAUCACAAUCAGUCUGCUUCCGACAUGUUCUCUCCUUCUCUGACUAAUUUUUCUUCUGGCAAAGAAACAGAGCCAGCAGGUGAGUGCAGCGCUAGUCAUAUAUCAAGUGCAGCAAAAGUCCAGGAGGUCAGUGAGUUGGACCUUGCCCUCUCUCAGUUACCCAUCAAUAAGACAGAAAAACACGCUGUGUUCAAGUGUCAGCUCUGCAAAUACUUCUGCUCGACCAGGAAGGGCAUCGCUCGCCACUACCGUAUCAAGCACAACAACGUCCGUGCUCAGCCAGAGGGUAAAAAUAACGUCUUCAAAUGUGCUCUGUGCUCAUACACAAACCCCAUACGCAAAGGCCUGGCAGCACACUACCAGAAGCGGCAUGAUAUCGAUGCCUAUUACACCCACUGUCUGGCUGCUUCGAAGACUAUGAACGAAAAGGUGAACAAAGUGAUGGCACCCCCGCCGACAGAAGGGGACAAUUCAGAAAUGAGCGAAGAUUUGCGAUUAGCUGUGGAGAGACGGAGGUGCUCUCUUUGCCCCUUCCAGGCCUUCAGCAGGAAGAGCAUUGUCUCACACUACAUUAAACGCCACCCGGGUGUCUUCCCCAAGAAGCAGCAUUCGAGCAAACUCGGCCGCUACUUCACUGUCAUUUAUGCCAAAGAACCCGAAAAGACUGCCGCGAGUGCAUCAGCAGAGGACGAUAAGGAAGUGAUAGAGGUCCCGCUCGAACCUGAGCAGGAUGGAGAUGUGGACUGGCUGCCAUUCAAGUGUCUGAAGUGCUUCAGGUUGUCUUUUAGCACCGGCGAGCUGCUCUCUAUGCACUACAACAACCACCACUGCAACGACUUGAAGCGGGACUUUGUGGUAUCUCCUGGUCUCUGGGACGAGGAUCCCGAUUUAUAUCUGUGUUCUCACUGUGAGCUGAAGUUCCUAGAUCUCCCCGCUCUUGCUAAACAUCUCCUGAAGCACAAUGAGGAGUUUCAGAAAAAGGCGAUGAGGCACGAGAGAAGGAGGCAGCUCCUCAGCAAGCAGAAAGCCACAGAGCUGCCUGAGAGCAAACAGGAGAAGGAGAGUCCUGUAAAUAAAACUCCCAUCGGAUUCAGGUGUAACUUCUGUGUAGAGAUACACCCAACCCUCCGAGCCAUCUGCAACCACCUUAGGAAGCAUGUCCAGUAUGGUGAGGUCAAAGAGGGGCAUGUCAAGCAGGAAGUCAGCGAGGUCCCCCUGAUCCUGCCUUCAGAGAGCCUAACUAAUGGGAACAUGGAGGGGGAUGAAGGCGCCGAAGUCGACGGCCUGGAGAGACCCGGAGCCACGCCCAAAGAUUCUGAUGAUGUCGCUGUUACCGUGGAGAACCUGGAUCCUGAGACGGACGCUGGUGAAGGAAGGGCGGCGGCCUUGGUGGCCGCAGCCAGGGCCGCAGUGUCAGAGGGCCAGCUGAAGCAGCGGCUGGCAGGGGGUCACCCGUGUGCCCAGUGCGACCGAGUCUUCAUGUCCAUGCAGGGCCUGAGGUCCCACGAGAGGAGCCACUCAGCCAUGGCACUGUUCAGCAAAGAAGACAAAUACAGCUGCCAGUACUGCCAGUUUGUCUCGCCCUUCAGACACAAUCUGGACCGACAUGUGCAGUCUCACCACGGGCACCACAAGCCCUUCAGGUGUAAGCUCUGCCCCUUUAAAUCUGCCUACGUGAGCCGCUUGAAGAGCCACCUGCAUAAGGCACACACAGGUGAGCAGCACACAUACAAGUGCUUGUCCUGCCCCUUCACUUCUAUGACCAUCAGCCAGCUGAAGGAGCACUCUCUGAGAGACCACGGUGAAGUCUUGACCCUUCCCAAACUCCGAGCAGCCAACCAGGCUGCGCAUGCCACCCUCAGGCCCCCCCGACCGGCCAGUAAUCCAGAACAGACUCCCAUAGCACCUGAUGAUCCGUCAUACCUGGAGCCAGUGGAUGUUCGUCAGCAGCUCAGUCAUUACCAGCUGGCCUCCCGCAGUCAAAUGUCUUCCAGCUCAACACCUGGUGGCUCAACGGUGGCCGACAAUCGCCCCGAGAAUAUCCUCACGUGCGAGUUCUGUGAGUUCAGCUCCGGAUACAUGCAGAGUCUACGGCGUCACUACAGGGACCGUCACGGUGGCAAGAAGCUCUUCAAAUGCAAAGAUUGUUCCUUUUUCACCUGCUACAAGAAUACCUUCACCAUGCACGUAGAGGCGGGUCACUACAACAACAUGCCAGAGGACCUCGCUAAAGACCUGCGCUGCCCUCUCUGCCUCUACCACACCAAACGCAAGAGCAACAUGAUCGACCACAUUGUUCUGCACAGAGAGGAGCGCGUGGCUCCAUUGGAGGUCAGCCGCUCCAAGCUGUCGCGUCACCUUCAGGGCCUGGUUUUCCGUUGUCACAAAUGCACCUUCACAUGCUCCAGUGACCAGGCCCUGCAGCUGCACCUGCAAAAGCACGCUGAGAUCAAGCCCUACCAGUGCCAGCUCUGCUAUUAUGACACCAAUAGACGGAUCCAGCUAGAGGACCAUCUACGCCUUGAGCACAAGGUAAUCCGCAACUUUGAACUGAUGGGCCGGGUCAACCUGGACCAGCUGGACAUGAUAAAGGAUCAAGGCAGCAGUGCUGAGGAGGAGGAGGAGGAGGAGAGAGAAACUAUGGAGAUGGUGUCAGAUGGAAAAGUGGCUCUGGAGGAGGAAGAGGAGGAAGCGGAGGAGGAUGACGAUAAUGAUGUGGGAAUGGAAAUCAUUGAGAACAUGGUGGGGGGCCAGACAGAGAUGGACGAUGAAGAGGUGGAGGAAAACGUCAAAGACGAAGACGAUGAGGUGGAAGAAGUAGAAGAAGUGGAGGACGAGGAGGACGAAGAGGAAGUCCAGGAAGUGGGGGAAGGGAAGCCUGCCCCUCAAGAAGUCCUUGCAUCUCCCAUUAGCAACAGCAGCAGCAACAGCUCUGGGCCAAGCAGUGCAGAGAAGCGUAUUCCCUGUGAGUUCUGCGGCCGCUGCUUCACAAACAGCCUCGAAUGGGAACGACAUGUCCUUCGACAUGGCAUGUAA